CCUCCUCGGCCCCGCCCCGGUAGGUUUAUCUUGUGACUACGGCAGCCGCUUCUUCCUUCCUCGAGCUUGGAAGUUCCUUAGCAGGAUGCAUGUCUUGACCGCCGCGAUCCUGCUCCUGGCGCUCAGCGCCUCCACCCUGGCAGAGCCGGUGCAUUAUCUGGACUGCGGUUCCGGAGUUGGAGUUAUAAAGGAAGUGAAUGUGAUCCCAUGCCCCGUCCAGCCCUGCCAUCUGCAGAAAGGACAGUCUUACACUGUCAACGUCACCUUCACCAGUAAUACUCAGUCCCAAGGGAGCAAAGCCGUGGUGCACGGCAUCGUGAUGGGCGUCCCGAUCGCCUUUGCCAUUCCCGAGGCUGACGGCUGUAAGAGCGGCGUCACCUGCCCCAUAGAGAAGAACAAGACCUACAGCUACAUGGCUAAACUGCCCGUGAAGAGCGACUACCCCUCUAUAAAACUGGUGGUGAAGUGGGAACUUCGGGAUGACAACGACCAAUGUUUCUUCUGCUGGGAAAUCCCAGUUCAGCUGGAAAACUAGAGCUGUUUGAUGCCAGUAUGUCCAUCUGGGGACCAGAGAGGGAGAAGAGGAAAAACCGAAUCUACACAAAAUCAGUGCCAUAAGAUGAAAGGAAUUUAUAGACUGACGUCUUAUGCCUCUCGACCUCCAACCGCAACCAAGACCCCGUUUCCUGAGAGCUCAGAACUGCUGCCCUUGUAGUAUCUUGUAAAAGAGUUGAAGGAAAGGAGAGAGUCUGGAAGGAUUGAUUUAAUUGUCUUCAUUGAUUUCUGCUGUUGGAAUAA